GUUCCGUCUGCAGUGAAGUUACCAAGGUGUAUAAUUGCUCACUGUCCGGCAAUGUUAGUGUAGGCUGUUCUUAUACACAGUAAGGCAACCAUUUUGUUCAGGAAAUGGCGCAAUUGAGUUUAUUUCUGGCUGUGUGGGCACUAGUUGCCUAUAAGGUGAAUGCUAACCCGGUUGUUAAUACCACAGCUGGAGAAGUCCAUGGUUUUAAGCGAGAGGUGAACGGGACCACAUGCUAUAUCUUCGCAGGGAUACCCUACGCCGAGCCGCCCAGUGGAACAUUGCGUUUCCGCGCUCCAGUCGCCAAAACCCCAUGGCGGGAUGUGUUCAAUGCAACAAAGUACGGUCCGUCCUGCCCUCAAGAUGCAGCGCGCAUCACUGCGUUUUUACCGGACCAGAUUCAGAUCCCUAGUGCUGCUAUGGAAAUAAGUGAGGAUUGCCUGACGCUGAACGUCUACACGCCGUCUGUCAACUUGAGCAGCAACUCGAACCUGGCUGUGGUGGUUUGGAUUCACGGAGGAAGUUACCGCAGCGGCCUGGGAAGUGCCUACGAUGCUUCGUACCUCGCCGUAAUGGGAGACCUCGUCGUUGUCACGAUGAACUAUCGGCUUGGUCCAUUCGGGUUUUUGUACACGGGGGACGAACACGCGCAGGGAAAUUUUGGCUUGUUGGAUCAGCAACUAGCCCUACAAUGGGUGCAGGAUAACAUCCAAGCUUUCGGGGGCGAUCCCUCCAUGGUGACCCUCGUGGGUCAGUCCGACGUCCACGGUGCACCUACCCUGCACAUGUUUGCUAAGGGUAGCCGGGCCCUUUUCCACCGGGUGGUAGCACAUAGCGGUGUUGUCGGCCCUGAAGGUCUCAAGGAAUCCGCCGAGGCGAUUGCGGACACAAAACUAUUGGCCCAAUUGGCCGGUUGUCCGAGCAAAUCCAGCGGUCCUCUGGUGGAGUGCCUUCGGAGAAAACAAGUGGAAGAUAUCGUGAAAACGGUUGACCCUUAUUUAUCAAUACAGAAAAAGUCAUCCUUCGCCUGGCGCCCUGUGUCCACCAGCGAGGUUUUCGUGAGACAGCCUGGGAACUCUAUGACCUACGACUUCCUCUCCAUCUUCAAUUCUGGCGAUGGUUCUGUGGCCUUAGAACUCAUGAAAGACCUGUUCCCAGAAUUCAACCUCACUAAGGGUUCGACCGAGGGCCAAUGGCAGCAGUGGUUGGAUGUCAACAUCGACAGACCAAAGCUGAUCGAUAAAGCUGUCGAGCAACAAUACGUUCGAAGGAAUGAGAGUAUCGCACGGAUGAGGGGUCUUUUCGACGCCCAAUUUGACCGCACCUUUUGCCGCUACGGCGUCGAGUCACUGCGUACCCUGCAGCCCCUGCUAUCUUCACGCCGACUCAUGAUUUUUGACCACCGCUCGUCGUCCGAGAGUCGUUUCCCGGAGCCGUACGACCUGGUGCCUCACGGUGCAGAGCUGCCGUAUGUUUUCGGACUGCCGUUCAAUGACUCCUGGAACUUCACGGACGAUGAACUGGAGCUCAGCCGUCGUAUGAUACGAUACUUAUCCAACUUUGCCAAAACUGGAGACCCAAAUACGGACGACGGGCAAGAUUCAUCGAACACCAGCCAGACCUGGCCUGAGUACGGCGACACCGAGACUUAUGUCACUACGAAUGUCUUACAGGAGAAGAUAGCUCAGCGGUACCGCAGUGACCGAGUCUACUUCUGGUGUGAGUACCUAGAUGAGUUGGAAGCUUCCGCCGAAGCGGCUUGCCCCGCCCGACCAGUUACAUCAGCGUCGUCAUGUGAGGAUCCCGUAAUCGGUAAGGGUUUAGGCUUUGCUCUCACCGUGGGGCAAGCUGAGACUCUGAUCGAGGCUUUCAUCUUCCUGAUCAUAGGCUUGCUGUGUGUGAGCCUUCUCCUGGUCGGGGCGAUGUGUGGGUACAAGUACAGACAUAGGGCUAUUUCACAACUGGACAUCAUGCAGGGCGAAGAAGGAGCUCUUAACAAAGCAACGGAGGCAUGGAUUGUGAACCCAUUUUCCACUGAGGACGGAAGCCGAAACGCCAUUACCGGUUCAGCCAGCGAUCAUACUUACCAGCUUCUACAAAGACGUCCACCAUCCCGUGUGACGUUCAGUGAAGUAGACGUCGAGGUGCUCCCUCCUCCCCCAGACAAUCUUAUCACUGAUGACACUCAAGACGGUCUGGAUGACAAGAUCCCUUCUCCCCCAGAGACUGUGGGCGAUGAGGACGAGGAUGCAGAUGAUUCUCCUCCGACCGAGGAGCUGGAGGAGCUCAACCUGUCGGACGAGUUCCACAUCGAUGAAGAUGGCAACGCCUCCUCGCCUGCCACGACCGUGUCUGCUGGAGUGGCUAGUCACGAGGAGACUGAUCCGGAUGAAGGGCCCACCGAUGAUGAUGAUGACGAUGGCGAUGCGAAUCUGGAGGCAGACAGUGAACCCACUGAUGAUGGAGACAUUCCGGAAUCAGAAGAGCCUGCAGGUGCCAAGCCCGACCGCGCCCCACUUGACGACUUUCAUUCUCUUAACCGCAGGCUGUCCAGUGAAUUCUACAACCGGCUAGAAAGCGCCCUCCCGCAGUAGUCACCUCGCACUCUCUAACACAAUUGUGUAGCACAAGUAGACCCCUCAACGUAAACAGUCAUAAUUUGUAACAAAACAACCAAAAUGAUUAUCAAUGAGUAUCACCCUUUGAUCCAUUUCUCACGCUUUCCAAUUAUCGUUGCUCGGAAGUCGUAAAGUAUAGUCGUUGAUGGUUUAGUUCAGAAUUAGGUAUGUGCGGAUCGACGCUCCUGUGUGGCCGGAAGAAAUGGUAUUAACAGGAAUCUGUCAUUCCGAGACUAAAAGUGAGCACUUUACACAACCGGCUCACAAACAGAAGCACAAAACGGUCACUCAAGUACUCCAUCCGUAAUAUCACAUGUACCCACUCGAUUUCAAUCAGGCGCGAAGCAGUUCAUUGUCCUAACAAAGUGUCUUAAUUAACCCAGGGCACUGGCUCGAAGUCAGGGCCAUCAGCAGGAACACUCACACCUCUGAAGAUAUGUGCUCCAGCUGCUAUGGCACUCUGAAAUGACUAUUACGCGAAAGAAAACUGAGAAGGUAGAUGCGUUUUUUCACAACAGAAACCAUGCAAUCUCGUUGCUGCAUGAGGAGAAGGCUCAGCACAAAAACACUGAACUAGGUCAGUGGUGGGCAUACGUCAUGCAACAGGAUGGGAGUUUUUUAUGGUUUAUUCACUCUAGCGUUCGUGCAUGAAGAUCAUUGGGGUUCUCAUGACUGAGUCUUGUGCCCAAUCUUCGACUUGUUUUAGCGAGUCGUCCACUGAAUGUCAUAAUGUUAAUUGGAAAUUUGAUAUUAUACACAGAGCGUGUUAAUGAAUCAUGACGAAAACUAUGUUAUCUUGACGAGAAUGGUAUCUGGAAGUAGUUGGUACAACUAGAUGAUUCUCGCUGGUCAACCUUGUCAGUUCAAAGUGCAUGAAAAUAGUCAUUACAAUUUGAGUAAUUCUGAACAGAUACCAAAAUCCAUACCAAAAUGCGUGAAUCGGCACCCUUACGAUAUAUCUCUAGGCUGCUGACGAUGUCUUGUGGAGUAUGUCAAAACUACGAUUUGACACAAUUUGGGGUCAGAGAGCAAGACCCUUAGUAUUACCUUGUUUUGGAAAGUCAUUGUUAUAUUUACACGUAAACAUAAAACACAUGGAGUGAUUUUAGUCACAUAUUUUGGGCGUAAUUAAUUUUUCAUGCACUAUUGGUAUAAUGAUGAAUUUGUCACUUUUUGAUUUCUUUACCUACAAAUUUUGCACUUUAAGACCCGGUUCUUCCUUUACAGAAUAAAAAUAUUAAAAGUGAUUUAUGCCAUCCCUUUCAGAGACCAAACAGCACAUCCCGGUUUUAACAUGUUGAAAAUAUCAUAAAAAUAGUCUAGGUUCGCACUUAUCUCCAAUUUCAAAAUUUCAAGUGAUCGAAGUGAUGCUUAUAUCAACAUUAAAAAAGUUUUUUAUUUACAGUCAAGAACUAUAUAAAUAUACGUUUUUUAACUUUAAUAAUAGUCGAAUUGAUGUAGCUUACAACUUUUGUUUAUUGUAAAAUUCCUGAAUGAGGGCUGGAUUUCCUGUACAACCACGUAUCACUGGUUUUACCAGCUAAUGCUAUUUCUUUAACCCGUAAACCUAUACGCAUAGCCAGUUUUCCUUUUUCCCUGCUACCAAUGGAUUACGAACAAAAUAUGUUCGACAGGCAAGGAGCCAUUAGCUGGGUAGUAUUAUAUGGUGCAAAACGAGCUUAUGGUAUUAUCGUUGUAGCUUUGGGUGGCGGGUGAAUAUAGCCGACGUGUAUGCCUAGUGGUGGAUUUUAUUGAGUUACACAGAGGUGUGAUGAAAAAUUACGCAGAAAUGUGGCUAAUAAAAAAAAGUUGGAGAAAUAAAA